AUGCGACGAGACAGACAGCCAGCUGGAGCUCUGAUCUGGUCUGGUCUCUUCGAAACCUCCGCAGGUAACGACCAGACUGGACGCGACGGAAAUGGAGCCAGUGUCUGGAACUACUGUUUCAGCACAAUCCAGCGCAGCCGACAACCCGGAUUAAAAGACAGACGGAGUUCAAAAACGUUCACAAGUGAUGUUGAGGGAAAGGGAGAUGGAGAGGAGGCGUUGCAUCAUUCUUUUCAAAGAGUCAAGAAGUGCAUCUUGUUCAAAAGUGAGAUCAAUCGCGCAAAUGCAGUUUGGUCUGCAUUGUAUGACAUCAAAUAUCAACGGAGACCUCACCACACAUCAAUUGAUGGGUCCAACCAAAACUCUCAAUGUGCUGGUGUCACUGCGUCCAGAUGUCAGCUCAGCUUCCAAGUUCAGUUCGAGGCACGUCAUGGUUCAGCGCCAUCGUUGCUCCAAAAAUUCCAAGGCUUGCUUUUGGCUGCGUCUGUCCUUGGACCCCAUCUCUUGUACACCAAUUAUACAAUAAAAAAUGCAGAUCAUCCAUCCAUCUUGAACCAAAGAUUUCUCGCAUUGCACGACACAGAUGCCCGAGGCCACGCCAGCCACUAUCACGACAUGCAUGACCCAGUCAGUGAGUUCCUUGGCAGCGACGCACCAGACCAGAUAUCAUCUAUGACGGGAAAAUGCACAUGGGCCAAGUUUUGGUUCGAGUUUGCCUGGUGUUUGCAGGCUCGCACGUCUGACUUGUCCCUUUCCUCUGCAUGUGUGUUUAUGGCCAUUAAAACAUUUACCUGCAUCUGCAUGCCCACAUCCCAGAUUUCUGGCCACCUAGAAUCGUUGCUGAAAGUCAUUUGA